UGCUGCGCCUUGUCACCGCCCCCAGCGCCGUCUGACAGUGUCGGGGACGCGCAGCAGAGACAGACAGUGGAGUGGCCGGAGACUGGACACAGCGUUUCUGGGGACAGCGGAACAAAGACGUCCACAAAUGAAUAACCGCAAGGAGGACAUGGAGAUACCGUCGCACUACCGGCAGCUGCUGCACGAGCUGAACGAACAGCGCCAACAUGGCAUCCUGUGCGACGUCUGCAUCGUCGUGGAGGGCAAAAUCUUCAAGGCGCACAAGAACGUCCUCCUGGGCAGCAGCCGCUACUUCAAGACCCUCUACUGCCAGGUGCAGAAGUCGUCCGAACAGACCACCGUCACCCAGCUGGACAUAGUCACCGCUCAGGGCUUCAAGGCCAUCAUAGACUUCAUGUACUCGGCCCACUUGGCGCUGACCAGCAAGAACGUCAUCGAGGUGAUGUCCGCUGCCAGCUACCUCCAAAUGACGGACAUCGUCCAGGCGUGCCACAGCUUUAUCAAGGCCGCGCUGGACAUCAGCAUAAAGAACGAGACUUCCGAGGAGCUAGGCGACUACGACAUGGGCGCCCCGUCUAGCAGCGCCGAGGCACUCCUUUCCGCCGUGGUGGCUGGUCGCAGCAUCUCUCCUUGGUUGACGAGGAGGACGAGUCCCACCAACUCUUCCGGGGACUCGGCCAUUGCCAGCUGCCAUGAAGGUGGCAGCAGCUAUGGGAAGGAGGACGUUGAACAGAAAGUGGACAGUCAGGACGAGGUGUCCUCUAUCUGGGCCAGUGAUGGAUGUUACGGACCAAUGCGUGUAAAAGAGGAGCAGGACUCCCCGUCUCAUUACAUCGGCAGCAAGGGCGACCAAGCUACCGUUUACGUGGAACAGGGGGACAGCUGGCAGAAUUCCGGGCGACGGAAGAAUAGAAAAAACAAAGAGACUGUGAGGCAUAUUACUCAGCAGUUAGUGGAGAACUGCAGACCCGGCUCACCGGAACCGUCCUUUAUAUCCAGCACGCAGUGGCAGUACAGCAACCAAGACAACUCCAGUGACGAUGUGACAGUGAUCGAGCCAGGCAGUUCAGACAGCCGGGAGGAACGGGUGGACUUGUACUCGCAGGGCGAGGAGUCCCUCCAGGGCGGAGAGGCCACCUAUAUAACUCACACGCUAGGACUGGAGAAGGACGACAACCACCCGCAGAUCACCAGCGUCUCCAACCUGCGCAGCGCCCUCCUGAGCAAGAACAGCCUGUUGUCCCUCAAGGCCAACGUCCUGGCGGAGGACAGCUCGCUGCUCUUCGAAUACCUGCCCAAAGGUACCCACUCGCUCUCCCUAAACGAAUUCACCGUCAUCCGCAAGAAGUUCAAGUGCCCGUACUGCAGCUUCUCCGCCAUGCACCAAUGCAUCCUGAAGAGGCACAUGCGUUCUCACACGGGGGAGCGGCCCUAUCCCUGCGAGAUCUGCGGCAAGAAGUUCACCAGGAGGGAGCACAUGAAGCGCCACACGCUG